AAAGCCUGCCCUGAAAUUACCAUAAUAAUCCCCUCUUAUUAGCUUUCUAUCUGCUCCUUCCUGGGGGUGAAAUCUAAGAAGAUUACCUUGGCUUUCAUACUCAGAGGCUUCAUACAGGGUUGCCUAUCUCAGAGAAACGCACCUGUCCCAUGCCACACAAGAAGCCAGUGGAGACGGAGGGCCUACCUGAGGGCAAAGUGGAAGAAGGAAAGCAGCCUUCCAGGCAUGACAGUGAGUCCAAGGACAGCAACACUGAAAGCCCUGCCCCUGAGCAAAGCUCACAGCCGGGUCCUCAGACCAAGCACAGCAAGAAGCAUCAAGAUGACCCUCAUGCAGCUGCCACCAAGGCCUAUUCCCCUUUCCUCAACAGGCUCUUUGGCAAGGAAAGAGAGCUUUCCCCGUUGGAACUGGAUGAGCUGCUAGAUGCUUUCAAGGAAUUUGACACGGAUGAGGAUGGCUAUCUCACCUACAAAGAUCUGGGUGAUUGCAUGCGAACCAUGGGCUAUAUGCCUACAGAGAUGGAGCUGCUGGAGAUCUCCCAGCACAUCAAAAUGCGCAUGGGAGGACGUAUAGAUUUUGAGGAGUUUGUAGAGAUGAUGAGCCCCAAACUGCUUGAAGAAACAGCUCAUAUGGUGGGCGUGAGGGAGCUGAAGAUCGCCUUCCGUGAGUUUGAUACAGAUGGAGAUGGAGCUAUCAGCAGUUUUGAACUGCGCCAGGCUGUGACUGCCCUCUUAGGUGAGCAACUCAAUGCCCAGGAGUUGGACGAGAUCCUGCAAGAUGUAGAUCUCAAUGGAGAUGGAAAAGUGGACUUUGAUGAGUUUGUGAUGAUGCUGUCAUCCACGUAACAAGAACCAGAGGAGAAGAAAUGGGGAUGUCUUUAUUUCCAGAAUUACCUUGCUCAGUAAUGGGAAGGAAUUGGUUUCUGCUGCUAGCUUUUUUCACUUGCUGGAGAUAGGAACAUCACGAUAGGAGAUGAAAUUCUCUUUCCCCAAGUCUGGAUCCAAAGCUGCAAAGUACCUCAGGGAGCAGGUGCUCACUGUGUGUGCAGGAAGAUUUUGAGUUUUGAGGCAAAAUGGUUGGGCUGAGCCUAGAGAACUCACCUGGCACCAUCUUUGUUUGUUAGGAAUACAAAGCACUUCAGGGCCCAUACCAGUGUGGCUAGGCCUGGCAAAUUCUGUCCAGGUAUGGAGCCAUACCCAGGUGUACUUUGAUUUCCUCUGACAUUCCCCUCCCCCCAUCAGCUCAAAAUUCCUGGAGACUUAAAAUAAACUGUUUGAAGUUAAUAGUUCAUUCAUCCAAAAAUAUUCUGUUGAGCUGAAUGGUAAUUUUUUUUUAAUCCCCUAAGAGCAAAAUGAAUAAAUGAAUGACAAGCCUCUUCCCAGAUAUUUUAAAAUAAAGGCAAAGAGAUUCCUGGAUCUCAUUCAUGAAGAUUCUUCACUAGAAACUGUAAGGAUAUGCGUCCUAUUUCAGUACACUGGUGAAACAAAAAUAAUAUCAGCUUUGGAUUUGUAAAUAAAGCUAUCAUAAUUCCAAAGAGCAAUCCCUGAAAUGCUUCCCAUGAAUUCAGUGUCAAUUUGAAAUUUGGAAAAAAGUUAAAGAUCACUAUAUGCAACCAUAAAUAUAUUUAUUUUCUUUUGACAAUUGCAUAAAUAUUAGAUAUAUGUAUGUUUAUGCAAAAGCAGAGUCAGACUCUGGCUGUGUUACUGAACAACUGCAGUGUUAAAUAUUGAAAUGAUAUAAAGCAUAAUUGAAAUAUU